AUGCAUCUCACAGAAAUUGAUGUAUCCUUCGACGCGGUAGCAAAGCGAUUCGCUUGCAAGCGUAGAAGUGUUUUACCUUUAACUUUGAAAUUAAUUAUAUUUAUUAAUGUCUUUUAUUGCGAAGCUCAAGGUAAUGUAACGCCAUAUACAAUAAAAAAAACGAGCCUUGGCUUAAUUCGUAGAGUUCAUCGCGAUGAUUCAAGUAUCAAAGGGCCAAUCGUUGAUUGGCGCGAUGAGAAUCAACAAGUGGAACAUACCGAGUAUCUAGAAAAUUUAAGAUCUUCGAAAAAUACGAAUAAAAGUAUACAUUUUGAUUUAUCAUCGUUUCUCAAUGCUACUAAGAAUAUUACGAAGGCCGAAAAAACGAUUGUUGGUGAACUUACGAAUCAUACAAGAUUUAAAAGAGGUGUCAUUCAUCUUUACAAUAUGGUAGUGUGUGCUACAGGAUGUAAUCCUUUGGUAUAUAAAGGAUAUGGUUGUUAUUGUGGCUUCUUAGGAUCUGGAUAUGUCAUUGAUGGAAUCGAUCGGUGUUGUAAAAUGCAUGAUUGGUGUUACGAUGCCACAGAAUGUCCUAUAUUCAUGGAAUAUAUUGCACCCUAUUAUUGGAGAUGUUAUCAUGGUUACAAACCUGUAUGUGCCGUUGAACAUGGUAAAUGGGGAGGAUCGGGAUCGUGUGCACAACGUUUAUGCGAAUGUGAUAGAUCAUUAGCAGAAUGCUUACGCCGCUAUCCUUGUCCAACUACAAAGGCUGUUUGUACUUCAUCACCUUGGAGACUAGUACAAAAUCUUUUCAUGAUUAUGUAAUUUCACAUUGCACGUAUCUUAAUAGCAGCGUUUACCUCAGGAAUUUAUAUUACAAAAAUAUAAAAUAUGAUUUUGUUUUAGUUUACUCUUAUUUCAUGAGUUAACAGUUCAGAGAAUAGCUGUGUGCAAGUCUUAC